CGGGAUUUAAACCGGCUCCGGAGCGGGGGCGUGGCCUGGGCGGAGCCCCGUGGCCCGUGUGGGCGGGGCGGAGGCGGGGAUGCCUGAGGCUCAGCGCCGUGCAGGAAAGACCCGGGCUCCGGGAGCGAGCGCCUGUCUCUUUAAAUGCCAGCGGCUGCUCUCCCGCCCUGGGAGCCCGGAGCCGGAUCUACAAUCCGGUCUCUGCCGGCGCUUGUUGCUCGCCCGGACCGAGCGGCAGCUGCCGCCACGGGGCACCAAGGCUGCUUCCUUCACCUCCUUCUAAGGAGCCCCACCUCCCCCAAGAGUAGGUUGAAGGGGAGAAGCGGCCCCAGGCAGAGGGAAGGGGUGCUGUGUGAAGAGGCGCCGCUCCCCACCUUCAAGUCUUGAGGCGCUGCGUAGCCGCGGGGGCAAGACAUGCGCUGCUCCCCCAUGACCAACCUCGCAGCCGCUGGCGCCCGGAGAGGAGAGACUGCGGAGCCCACACCUGCAAACUCGCACUAGAAGUCUCAGGGUGCGGCGGGGGGCCCCUCCCAACUCCCCACGGCCUCCACCUCUAGGCGGGUGGUCUGAGCCCCUGUCCGGGGACCUGUGCCAAUGACCCUAGUGGUGGUUUCGCUUUCUCCUCUCACGGCGGUGUGAACGUGUGUCCGCAGCGUGAUGGGCAACCAGGUGGAGAAACUGACCCACCUAAGUUAUAAGGAAGUUCCCACUGCCGACCCGACGGGCGUGGACCGGGACGACGGGCCCCGCAUCGGGGUCUCCUACAUCUUCUCCAAUGACGACGAGGACGUGGAGCCGCAGCCGCCGCCCCAGGGGCCGGAUGGCGGUGGCGGCGGUUUGCCUGACGGCGGGGACGGGCUGCCGCUGCCCUCGCCGCAGCCCUAUGACCCGCGGCUGCACGAGGUGGAGUGCUCCGUGUUCUACCGCGACGAGUGCAUCUACCAGAAAAGCUUCGCGCCGGGCUCCGCGGCGCUGAGCACCUACACGCCCGAGAACCUGCUCAACAAGUGCAGGCCUGGCGACCUGGUGGAGUUCGUGUCGCAGGCGCAGUACCCGCACUGGGCUGUCUACGUGGGCAACUUCCAGGUGGUGCACUUGCACCGGCUGGAGGUGAGCAACAGCUUCCUGACGGACGCGAGCCAGGGCCGGCGCGGCCGCGUGGUAAACGAGCUGUACCGCUACAAGCCGCUGAGCCCCAGCGCCGUGGUGCGCAACGCGCUGGCGCACGUGGGCGCCAAGGAGCGCGAGCUGAGCUGGCGCAACUCGGAGAGCUUCGCCGCCUGGUGCCGCUACGGCAAGCGCGAAUUCAAGAUCGGCGGCGAGCUGCGCAUCGGUAAGCAGCCCUACCGGCUGCAGAUCCAGCUCUCUGCGCAGCGUAGCCACACGCUCGAGUUCCAGAGCUUGGAGGACCUGAUCAUGGAGAAGCGGCGCAACGACCAGAUCGGGCGCGCCGCGGUGCUGCAGGAGCUCGCCACGCACCUGCACCCCGCUGAGCCGGACGUAAGCGACAGCGACGCCGCGCGGACUACGCCGCCUCCCGGGCGCACCCCCGCGCCCGCCCGGGAGGAGGGGGCCCGAGAGGCGGUGGUUCGCUGACCGGCGAGCUGAGAGCGGAGCUGUGUGAGGGAGCUGUUUGUAGCAGCCGCUGCUCCCUCCCUUCUCUCACUCCCUCCUCCACCACCUUCUGGGCCCCAUCUGGGCUCCUGGGCCAUUUGGAAAACGGAGAGUUGGCGAAAAGCGCAGCCAGCUGUGGCUUGAGUUUGUUAUCUUGGACGGAGGAGGAAGAGGGAGCAGGUAGGAGCACUUUGGCCGGGGGCGCUUCUGGGCUUCUUGCCCGCCGGCUCAAUCUGUCUUCCUUUCCCGAGGUGAGGCACACUGUGGACUUGCCAGACACUUAAUCCCUGCUGGACUUGGGUCCAAAAAUUGACGCCUCUUAUGCACUUAGGGGUGGAGAAAAGUUCAGAGUACCAAUGCCUGCUGUUGCCUUCCGACCGCUUCCCCUCCUACCAUGGCCUUGGAGGAUGCCCUGUAGUAAAGCCAGAGCAGAUUUGUGGUGGUGCUACCUCCAAAGAGCAGUGUGAGGGAUUCGGGAAGCUGGGGUGAUUUAUCUUGUGGUUUUUCUGGGGUGCAAGGCUGGUAAAACCAGGACCAAGUCUGGGAGCCACAGACUGAAAUCAAGCAGCCCCCUGUGAAGUGCAAGAAGUAGUUGAGUAAACUUGGGCUACAAAACAAAGAUUUUGCUACAUGCCCCCUCCCCAUCCCCAAGCGAUUUGUCUUCUGGAGCUGGCUUCCAGCUGAGUCUCCUGGGCCAUCGCCACUUCCCAGGUUACAUGUAAAUCAUUGUCAGGGGCCAGCUAAAGGAAGGAUUCAAUUUUGGUUCUGUUUUGCUGCCUUUGUUUCUUGCUUGCUAUUGUAGGCACUUACAGCUGUGGUAUUUGUUAUCAAAGGAGGGAAUAGCCCUUUGUGUCUCUGAUCUAAUUAAGCCUGCUUGGCCAUGUUCAUCCCCAGGUCACACGGGAGGUUGGCUGCUGCCACCCCAUAAGGUAUCCACUACAGAAACAGCCAAACAGGGUUGCCCUGGCAGGAAUCAGUCAGUUUCCUGUCCAUUCCCCGACCUGACUCUCUUCCUGAAUAGUGAAGGUAACUUUUUUUUUUUUAAAUUUAAGGCUUUGGUGUGGUGGUCCUGUGAAUUUUUUUUUUUUCCUUCAUUGCCUCGUCCCCCUCACUCAGUUUUGUUUUGCUGGUGGUAAAAUCUUAGGCUUGAGGCAUAUUUCAGUGAUAGUUGUUUAUUUUGGUAGCCACACUCGAUGCAGUUUAAUUCAAGGUGUAAAGUCUUGUUAUAUUGCUACAGUCUUCUUGUCGCUUGGAGAACACCCCUUCAGAAUGCUUUCUCAAUGAAGGGGGUGACAGCAAUCAUAAAUAAAUGCAACCUGGUGUAGUCAGCGCCAGAUCUGGUGACAGUCCUAAAGCAUGGAUUGGUGAUGGUGGGAUCUGUCCGAAGCAGGAUGGCUGAUACUAUUUGAAUCUGCUGCUGUGUUUGCUUUACUCUGAGGCUUUAAAAAAUGUGUACAAUCUGUCCUUUGUUUUCAUGUGAGCUCUUUAAUGAUAUGUGCCCUUGAUUUCAGAAUCCUCUGCUGCACAUGGGCAUUGCUAAUGCUGUCUCAAAAGUUGAGUGAAGUUUCUUUUUUUUCUCUUGGGAAUCAUUAUAGAUUACGCUGAACAAGUCAUUUUGUGACCCAAUUCUUACAGCUGGAGUAGACUCAUACUUGAGUGUUCCACAGUGGUGGCCAUCCUCAGGCCUCCUGGCUGGAGAUCUUUAAAUCAAGGCAACAAAACUUGAAGGAUUUCCUUGUACACGUACUUUUUUUAAACUUGGGAAUUUGAGGCCAUAAUUUUUAAAAGCCUAGACCUUUAUAGCACCUCAACAUGAAAUUAUUUCAUUACAAGGGCAUUAGCUAUGGUCCCUGUUUUAACAGGAAUCCCCAAACAGGUCCUGUCAAUGUUAAAGAUGAACCACACUCAGCCCUGGUCCAGGAAUUUGGAGAAGCGUCAGUCUCCUGUUGGAAAUGUUGAUCUAGUUUUCUUGUUUAAUAAUCUCGCAGCUUUGCGUUUGUAUUCUUUUGCUCAUGGAAAAGCGGAGCAAGGUAAACGUGGGUAAAGACAUUUAGGAGAGCCUUCUAGAUUUGGAUUGUCUUUUAUGUUUAACACCAUCAAGGGAAAGUUGAAUGUAAUGACAUUGUGCAGACAGCAAGAGAGAAGAACAGAGCGGCACUGUCUAGCAGCUCUGGGCUAGCCAGCCAGCUCUCUUUUCCACUGCUCGGUCUCUGUCUCCCUCCUUCACCCCUCAAUGGAAAGUGAAUGUCAUUGGUCACACCGAGGGACAGCAGUGACUCUGUUACAAACAGCUUUGUGAGAAACCUCAACUUGAAGGAAGAACUCCUAUAAAAUCCAUAUCAGUAGUAGCAUUCUCCCUCUAAGAGAAGAGGUUUUUGAUAACAGGGCUUGAACAUGAUCUAGAAGAGGAAAGAUCUACUCCAGAUGCUGCUUUAUCACGUGUUUUUACAGGGUACCAGAGAUGUGAAGUACGUAAUGCUUCGGAACAGUGAUUCUGUUGGAAGUUUUAUUAGGGUCAUCAUGCUUAAAGUAAAGCACCAAUCAGCCACUGAAGGUUGCAAGGAAAGGGGACUGAAUCAACUGUUGGCAUCUUUCUCAAAGAUGGCAGUGUUGUGGAUAAGAGUUUUUAAUGUCCAGGCAAUGGCUACAUCUGGCACUUUACAAAAUAUAUAUAUAUAUUUAAUAAUUUUUGUUUCUCCUUAGGACUAAGAUUCUAGAACUGUUUUGUACUGUGAAUUACGGAUGCUCUUUGAAGGCAAGGAAUAUUGAUUCUAAUGUUCUUUAGAAGCUCUGGCAGGGAUAAGCAGGACACCCAACUGGAACGGAUGCUAAAUGUAAUCAGACAAAUUAUAUUUUCUUACUUGAGCAAAUAUUUUAUUGAGACUGCUUAUGUAUGGCAAAGGAGCCUACAACUUCAGCUACACAACUUUUUAUAUUGAAAGAACUCAUAGUUUUUGUAGUUUUAUUCUACAUUUCAUUAAAAAUGACUUUAUAGCACUAACAAGCCUAGCAGAAGACUUUACUCCAGACCUUUAAGGAAAUUUUUAGUUUUUAUGAAAAAUGACACUUCAGUAGUUAAAUUUCUCAUGUCUUUGCUGCUUCUGGCCCUAAGAGCACCAGUCGACAACACCAUAACCACAUGGAAACAUAUUUUUGGAAGCAAAACUUUAAUUUUCUACAACAUAUGCUAUGGAGAGUGAAGAAAAUUUAAGGAUUACUUGUUUUCUAUUUUUUUUCUCUUAACAAAUGGAAUCCACUGUGUUGAAGACUCUUGAUAUUAUGUGAUUGUCUAACCAUUGUUUUUUUGUAAAUCAAAAUAAAAUCUAGUGUGAUCAUCAUUGAAAGGAUUUGUUUGGAAAGUUACAUUUUAUUUGUGAAUUUUUUUUUUUAAUCAGGGUAACUAUAAACUUGACUGGUUUAUUCAGCUUUUCAUUAUGUUUUGUUCUUAGCGAUACUUGUGACCCAUGGAGAAUUACAUUGACUAACUUGAUAAAUUUCAUGUAUUUUAUUUCCUAGUGAAUUGUGUAAACUUUAUUUUUGUUGAAGAUUAUAUGUUAAAUCAAUGUUAUGUUCUCACACCACUUCUUGAGAAGGAGGUUCAGAUUUGAAAUUGUAUCAUUUCCUUCAAAAUGAAGGGCAAGUGCUUAGUUAAAUAAAAGAUUGAUGACAUCUUUUAAACCA